GCUGAUAGGGCUCUCUGUGUGCCGUGUGACCAGGCAGGAGGGAGAGGAAAGCCUUAUUAACCCAACCACCAACUAGUUUUAAAGCAGUCCAGAGUCAGCUCGACUUGACAAGAGACUGAGUAAUAUACUGCUGCUGCUUCGUCCGGCCUUGUCCAAGCUCCAUCAUGAGCAGCGUCGUCCAGAACCCCUACAUCGGCCGAACACCUACCACUCGGAUGCCCAAGCCGGGGGGCAGUGGGGGAGCGCCCCCCGGGAGUCGGGACAGCAGUGGGAUCUGUCGAAGCAGUAGCAUCAGCAGUGGAAGUGGCGUGUCUGGAGUCAAGAUACUGUCGCUGUCGUCCAUGAGCGACAGCAUGCACAGUGGCCUGAGCUGUUUCCUGUCGGAGAGAGCCCUGGAGCAGGAGGAAAGGCAGCAGCGGAGUCACCACCUGGCAGAGUUCCAGCGGCUGAAAGAGGUCCGCGCCGCUGCGCAGCUUAAAAACCUGGAGGAUUUCCUCCGGAUGAACCAUGUGUCACUCAGGGACAGCACAUCUUAUUCUACUGGCAUGAUUUACAGAAAUCUCGGCAAAUCUGGCCUGAGGGUGUCCUGUCUUGGAUUAGGCACGUGGGUUACCUUUGGAGGACAGAUAACGAAUGAGGUGGCGGAGGAGCUGAUGACUUUGGCGUAUGAGAAGGGAAUCAAUCUGUUUGACACAGCUGAAGUGUACAGUGCUGGAAAGGCUGAAGUUGUCUUGGGAAGCAUCAUAAAGAAGAAAGGAUGGAGGCGUUCCAGUUUAGUUAUCACCACCAAAAUCUUCUGGGGCGGAAAAGCAGAAAUGGAAAGAGGAUUGUCCAGAAAACAUAUCAUUGAAGGUCUAAGAGCUUCACUAGAGAGACUUCAGCUGGAGUACAUAGAUGUGAUCUUUGCCAAUCGACCGGAUCCUAACACACCUAUAGAAGAGACGGUGAGGGCAAUGACUCAUGUGAUCAACCAUGGGAUGGCCAUGUACUGGGGUACAUCACGAUGGACGUCCAUGGAGAUCAUGGAGGCCUACUCUGUGGCACGACAGUUCAAUCAGAUCCCGCCCAUCUGCGAACAGGCAGAGUAUCACAUGUUCCAGAGGGAGAAGGUUGAAGUUCAGCUCCCUGAACUCUACCACAAAAUAGGCAUCGGGGCUAUGACAUGGUCUCCACUGGCCUGUGGGAUCAUCUCAGGGAAGUACAACAACGGCAUCCCCCCUUGUUCACGGGCCUCACUUAAGGGUUACCAAUGGAUGAAGGACAAGGUCCUGAGUGAGGAGGGGCACCGUCAGCAGGUGAAGCUAAAAGAGUUGCAGGCAUUUGCUGAGCGACUAGGCUGCACUCUGUCCCAGCUGGCUAUUGCCUGGUGCUUGAGAAACGACGGCGUGAACUCCGUCCUACUGGGAGCUUCAACAGUUGACCAGCUGACAGAGAAUAUUAGGGCGAUACAGGUUCUCCCAAAGUUAUCUCUGUCCCUUGUAUCUGAGAUGGAUGGCAUCUUGGGAAACAAGCCCUAUAGCAAAAAGGACUUCAGAUCCUAGAAGCACCGGUGAUGAACUGUCACACUGUGAUCAUCUGCAAUCUAUUUCCAAAAGACACAACAAGCUACGAAUGUGUCAUUAUUCAUUUCACCAAGUGGAUGCACUGUCACUUUACUGUCUCGAUCACAUUUGCACUCAUCACUCAAUAGUGCAGAUUUCUACAAAAUGCAAUACUUGUUUUAGUAAAAAAAAACAUCAUCCUCAAGGUAAAGAAAAGAAAAAACACAUUUCUUGUGAACUGAGGAAGUGACUGACUGACUGACUGACUGUGUGUGUGUGUGUGUGUGUGUGUGUGUGUGUGUGUGUGUGACUGCACCAGAUCAAUGGCACAAAACACAAAUUUGAAGAUCUUUUAUGUUGCACCAUUGAGAACCUGUGUACAGUAGGUAGUGUGCACAGCACAUGGUAUGUGUUAUGCCUCCAAGGCUUUUUAUUGAUUAUUGUUACAGUUAUGUAGUCUUGUUUUAGUCUUAUUUUGCCUAACUUAAGCAAUGCAUGUUGGAUCUCUUUGUUGGCUGUACUUGACGUUUUGUUAAACACUUGGAAACAUGACUAUUUAGAGCUAUCAAGUACUAUAGCACUGUAUAUUUUGGAAUCUUCAGACUUCACCCCCAUUCACGUAACGUCGCAAAUGGCAUUUGGAACAACAUCGUGUCUUUAUGCCAUUAUCAAGUUUGCCACCGAUUUAGGGCUAUUGAAUAAGGAUAAUUCAGUUGAAUUCUGUCUGCAAUUUCCAAAGUUAUGGUCAUUCAAAAUAUUUUCAUGGAAAUUGCCGUCACCCUGGCCUUUGACCAAAUGUGGUUUGUGACCUCCGACCUCCAGAGGUAGAAGGGUCAUCCAAUGAGCAGAGGACUGAGGAUUCGAUCCCCGGGUCCUCCACUCUGUGUGCCAAAGUGUCUUUGCCUCUGAUGGCUAUGACUGCAGAGUAUGAAUGAUGUGCGAUAGAAAGAGUGCUGUAUGGAGGCGCUGUAUGAAUGUGUGAAUGUAAAUAUGACUCGUACCGGUCAGUGAGCCUAGAAAAGACCUUUAUCAACAGUCCAUGUAACCACGGCUGAGAGGAGGAAGCCUGAAGCAGAACAGAACACAUCCUACAUUUACCAAUACGACACUGCUGCACGUGGCUUCAUUUGCUCUCACUGAAUGUUGUGUGGAAAGUUGCAUCAUGUCGUGCGCCCUGCGUUCACCCGCCGCAGCAGUAACUCAACCUUUUGUAAUUAUUAAAAAAUCUGGGCAAACAAGUACGCGGGACUCAGCAGCUUAUUUUCAUAAAUUUGU